AUGGCUAUUGUUAGAAGUGCCAUUUAUGCACUAAUUAUAGAUGCAAAUAGGCAAAAGACAAUAAAAUCGACACGAGCGUCUUUAGGCGCUGUUAUAAGCGCCAAUCCCUAUUUCCCGGCAUAUUCUUACGGCUUGGACAGUCUGUUUGGCGCGAAACGCGAAAUUCCUGUCAAAAAUGAAGUGAAGGAGCGCUCGUUGUGCGAGACCGAGGAGUGCAAGUUGAUUGCAAAGGUGAUCAAGGAUAGUAUGGACGAGUCCAUGGAUCCUUGCGACGAUUUUUACGAGUACGCGUGCGGAAAGUGGUCGAAUGACAAUCCUGUUCCCGAGAAUAUGUCAAGUUGGAGCUUGUGGGACAUGGUGCAGAAGAAAAUUGAGAAACAAGUUGAACAAAUAAUUGAAACACCUGAGCAACCGGACGAUCUGUUCGCCGUGAAACUGGCGAAAAAAUGGUACCAAAGUUGCAUCGACAUAGAGUCACAACGAGCCAAAGGAGUCGAACCAUUGUUGUCCACGCUAUGGAGGCACGGUGGCUGGCCGUUGAUAAUGGAAGAAGGCGAAUGGGACGAUCGUGUGUACAACUGGCAAAUAGUCGACGACCAAUUCGCUCGUUUGUUGGGAUUAAACUCAUUCCACGACCUAUCGUACGGUGCUUUUUCGUACGACGACAAUGGAACUCUACUGUUAGAUACUCCUCAUUUGCCUCCCGGUAUCUAUGGACUCCUCUCGUCGGGCUUGUACGUCGGUUCGGACAGCAGCGAUGAGAACAACGAGAGCGGGGAGGGUAGUCAGGAGAAAGGUAGCAAGGAGAAAGGUGAGGAAAAUGGUAAAAAAACCGAAGACAACGAUGACGAUGAAGGACACGAUGAAGGGGACGAAGACGAAAACGAAGUGGAAGAAACAGGAAAGAGAAAAGUAUCAGUAAGAAGGGGUCACGGUAGGCUGGGUCAUAAUAGAAGGAAAAGUAAUGGAAGGACAGUGUCGGGAAAGUACAGUGAUGAUAGGAAGACAAGGAGAAGAACGAAAAGGGAUAUUAUCGUGGAGAACACUCUUCGUAAACUACGGAAACACGCCAAGCACAGGAAUCAUAAAAAAUCGAAGGCAAAUGGAGGAUUAUCGAGGCAUGCACACCUGUCUGUAGGUCAUCACACUAAAGCAUCCACUAGGAAGAAUGAUCUGGAACGAAAGAACGAAGAUGGAAGCGUUAAAGUGUCUGAUAAGAACCAUAAACGUUUGGGUCAUGGUAGAAGAAGAAAUAAUAAGGGUAAAGGAUCAGGCAGACAUGUGGAUGGAAGGACGAAGAAAUCGAAGACGACGGUCACGACACAGGUUCAUGGUAAUAAGCGUCAUAAGCAGAGUGUUGGUCAUCACGGAGUCCAUCAUAUCGAGGGAAAAGUAUCGAAACGUAGACAUAUGCUUUCGAGCAAUGAGACUGAAGGUAAUGACGUGGAUAACGAAGACAGUAGUGACAAUGAGGUUGACACUGAGGGUAACGACGAAGAUGGUGGUAAUGUCACUGUCGAAAAAGGUGGAGAUGAUAAUGAAAAUGAGGACAAGGAUCAGGAGGAAGACGACGAUGACGGAAAGGGUGAAAAGAACGAUGAUGAUGGAGAUAAUAAUGAAAAUGAUGGAAACGAUGAAAAGGAUGAAAAUGAUGAUGAUGAGGAUGAUGAUGAUAAUAGUGAAGAAGAGAGAGAGGAGCGUAUAGAGAAAUACACCGAAUAUAUAUUAUCUGUGGCAUUAGUGCUAUCAAAAGCCAGAGGGUUAGAGCCAUCGCGGGAGAGAUUGGAAAAAGGUGUCGCUAAUCUGAUGGAAUUCAUACUUAAAUUGGGAGAAAUCACGAUUGUGGACUACGAACCAUUGGAAACGACAUUGGAUUCUUUCCAGGAAACUUAUAACUCUUUGGAGUCCACAACGCAAAAUAGCAAGGUAAAUUGGAAACGGAAGGUGCAUAAACUAUUCGACGAGGCAGGUGUGGAGGUCGAGGGUGACUUAGAAACUACGGUAAUACAGCCCAGUUACUUCGAGAAGCUCCAUUCGUUGCUUGACGAAACUCCGAGUGAAACAAUCGUCAAUUAUAUUCACUGGCUCUUCGUUAGCAAACUGGUAUUGUUCACGACAGAGGACCUGGGAAAAUUGUCCGAAGAUUGGGGAGGCAUGUCUUUUGAGUCGAGAAAGGAGCAGUGCACAAUGAUGGUGGAGAUGUCUCAAAUAGUGGGGUACGAAUAUACCAGAAAGCAUUUCUCCGAGAAGAUAGCGAGAACGGCCAGAGACAUGAUCGACGACAUACAAAAGGAGGUCGAGUAUCAGAUCAAGGAAUCGACGUGGAUGGACGACGACACGAAACACUUUAUUUUGGACAAAUUGGUGCACAUGAAGAAUCUAGUUGGUUACCCAGAUUGGUACCAAAAUACUACACUUGUGAAACGCUACUUCCGCGGGCUCACGGUUGGCCCAUCCUUAUAUGAAAAUGUAAUGAGCUACUUCCGAUACCGCAAGUGGAAACAAUUACAGCAAGUAGUGGAACAACAGGAUGAUGAACAACCCCCUGAACACUCUUUGGAUCCUCUAAUGCUGAAUGCCUUCUUCAUGCCAACAGAAAAUUUAAUAGCAAUCACCGCGGUCGACUUCCAAAGUCCCUUCUUCGCUCUGAAUAGACCAUGGAACGUAAAUUACGGUAUUAUCGGAGUUAUCAUGGCUCACGAAGUGAAUCAUGGUUUUGACGACGAAGGUCAUUUAUAUGAUAGGACAGGCGAGCAGAUGGAAUGGUUAUCUGCAAUGGCGGCGGCGUACAAUAAGAGAGCCGACUGUUUCGUUCAUCAGUUCAACCAAUAUGAUCUCAUUAAAGGAGACAAUUUCACGGUUGAGGAUUACGGUAACCAAACAGCAGGCGAAAAUAUUGCCGACACAAUGGGCCUACAAGCCGUGUUCAGAGCUUACCAACGAAGACAAAGAGAAUGUGAUAGACCGGAUCCAGCGUUACCAGGCCUGGAGAAAUUUGACAACAACCAAACCUUCUUCUUAUCCUUUGCCAACUUGUGGUGUGAAGCCGAGAAUCCGGAGUAUUCGGAAGAGAUGUAUGACGUGCACAGCACAGGUCGACUCAGGGUGAUUGGUUCCGUAUCGAAUUCAGACGACUUCGCCAAAGCUUUCAAUUGUCCAGUUGGUAGUCGUAUGAAUCCCGAAAAGAAAUGCAAUAUAUGGGUAUAAUGGAAAUAAUUCUAAAAACAUAUCGUUUACAUUUGUUUACAAUAGCAAUAAUGUAUCCUCACGCGUUAGUUUAAAUUUUUUUCCAAUUCGUGUAUGUAUCCUUCCACGUUUCCUCAGACUGGUAUACUUUUAGUAUCUAUUCUUCGCUAGUUCUGCGUGUA